AUGGAGCCCAACGGCCCCCGCAGGUCCUUUGACAAGAGUGGAUUGACUGGUUUGUGGCAAGCAGCAGCGUACUGCCGGGCAGCGUACAGCCGAGCAGCGUACAGCCGGGCAGCGUACAGCCGGGCAGCGUACAGCCGGGAAGCGUACAGCCGGGAAGCGUACAGCCGGGAAGCGUACAGCCGGGAAGCGUACAGCCGGGAAGCGUACAGCCGGGAAGCGUACAGCCGGGCAGCGUACAGCCGGGCAGCGUACAGCCGGGCAGCGUACACCGGGCAGCGUACAGCCGGGCAGCGUACAGCCGGGAAGCGUACAGCCGGGAAGCGUACAGCCGGGAAGCGUACAGCCGGGAAGCGUACAGCCGGGCAGCGUACAGCCGGGAAGCGUACAGCCGGGCAGCGUACAGCCGGGCAGCGGCAACGUAACAUAAUCUAG